AUGCACGAUAGUUAUGGAUUCAUCGAUGACGACGUAUUCUUCCAAGUCAGUGUUGUACGCGGUGCUCUGCCUCGUACCGGUGAUCGUGUGAUUGUGGAAGCAUCGUACAAUCCAUCAAUGCCGUUCAAGUGGAAUGCAUUUCGUGUGCAGCUGAUCGGUGAUAAGGGUGGAUCGGGUGGUGGUGGUGGUGGCGGCGGCGGUGGCGGUGGACCGCCAACACAUUCACCAUCGGAACGUGGCCGACCACCGAUGCCAGUCCGGGGAGCAAUGCCCAGUGAACAGAGUUGGUCGGGAAAAACCCUUGAAAAGACGCACAUGAUUGAUUCACGUGCGCGUGACUUCCAUUCAUGUAAUUUUGUUUUUCGUUCGUCAAAAUCUGCCUGA